AUAGGUGCAGAUUUUCAGAGAAACUACUGAUUCAAUGUUCAGACAAGAAAGGAUUUACACUGCAGGGGGUUACCACAGUACCAUCUGGUUUCUCACACAGUCCUGCAGGAUGGCAUAUUUUCCUCAGCUUCUCUUGUUUGUUUUAUGUUUAGCACUUGUUGCAGAAAGUAAGAAGCACAGAAGGAGAAGAUGGACAGGACACCAGGAUAGUUACAGGCAAGGAAGUUAUGUAUUCAAGAAGAACCAUGAUAUAACUAAAAUACGACGGGUAAAAACAGAGCAGCUAAUCAGAGUGGAUGACCAUGAUUUCACCAUGAGGCCUGCUUUUGGAGGUCCAGCUAUUCCAGUUGGUGUGGAUGUACAAGUUGAAAGUCUGGACAGUAUUUCUGAGGUGGACAUGGAUUUUACCAUGACACUUUACUUAAGGCAUUAUUGGAAGGAUGAACGCCUCUCAUUUCGAAGCAGCACUAACAAAAGCAUGACCUUUGAUGGCAGACUUGUGAAAAAGAUUUGGGUUCCAGAUGUCUUUUUUGUUCAUUCCAAAAGGUCAUUCAUCCAUGAUACCACAACAGAGAAUAUAAUGUUACGGGUUCUUCCAGAUGGUCAAGUGCUUUACAGCAUGAGGGUUACAGUGACUGCAAUGUGUAACAUGGACCUGAGUCGAUUCCCACUGGAUACACAGACUUGCUCACUUGAGUUAGAAAGCUAUGCCUACACAGAUGAAGACCUCAUGCUCUACUGGAAGAAUGGCAAUGAGUCCUUAAAGACAGAUGAGAAGAUCUCCUUAUCACAGUUUCUAAUACAGAAGUUUCAUACAACUUCCAGACUAGCUUUCUACAGUAGCACGGGUUGGUACAACCGUUUAUACAUAAACUUCACUCUGCGAAGGCACAUCUUCUUCUUCCUCCUUCAGACCUAUUUUCCUGCCACUCUGAUGGUCAUGCUGUCCUGGGUCUCCUUCUGGAUUGACCGAAGAGCUGUGCCUGCAAGGGUAUCACUUGGUAUAACGACUGUCCUAACAAUGUCCACCAUCAUCACGGGGGUCAAUGCCUCAAUGCCAAGAGUGUCUUACAUCAAAGCUGUGGAUAUCUACCUGUGGGUCAGUUUUGUGUUUGUUUUUCUUUCUGUUCUGGAAUACGCUGCUGUCAACUACCUGACCACUGUGCAAGAGAGAAAAGAAGUGAAGUUCAGAGAAAAGCUUCCGUGUACAUGUGGAAUGCCUCAUGCAAAAACAAUGAUGCUGGACAGUUGUUACAACAACAGUGAAUCAGAUGCUACCAGUCUAGCAGGGUUCUCUAAAUCACAAAUAGUGAAUGAAGACACAGACAGGGCAGACAAAAUGGUGGUCCACCUGGCAAUUAGAAGUGAGUCCAACGCCUCCAAAAAGAGAGGACUGAAGCGACUUCGCAUCAUGCAGAACACGCAUGCUAUCGACAAAUAUUCCCGGCGGAUAUUUCCAGCAUGCUUUAUACUAUUUAACUUAAUAUAUUGGUCUGUUUACUGCUAUGCACCACAGAGAAGAAACUGACAGCACUGGUAUUACAUCUUCUCAAACCAGCAGUGGCAAUGCAAAGAAAACUGUUACAACUACAAGCACAAGUAUAUGACAGUAAGGAGGUUGUAAGAAUUAUAAAAAUGAUGAGAUUAGAACUUAGUACUGUGGAUGUGAGGGUCUUUAAUGCUUAGUGAUGCCAUGGUAUGAACUGCUCUUUUAUUCCAUACAGUGUCCGCCCACAGUAUUACCAUUCUUGUCAUCUUUGAUAAUGCAGUCGAUCAAAGGUCAGUAGCAGUGGCCACUUGUGCUGUUACCGCUCACUCUGUACAACAGUCAGUCCAUCAUUUUAAUUCAGGAGUUCAGCUGAGCUGUAGAAUGUUUAUAAAACCUUUAGAAAAAACUGAGGUAUCAAAACUGUGGAGCUGUACAUUUUAUUAAUGCAAUAUUGAGAACCUCUGAAGAGCUCAUUGGUUUAAGACAGAAUCAUAUUUCUCAGCAUUAAAUUUUCUAUGCACAUAUCAUGCAGGGGCAGUUCUUUGACAAAACAUUGAUUAAAUUUGAAAAUAUAACCUUGAGAAUGAAAAUACAGGUUUUCU